CAUCUCUCUAACGCAAUCCACUAAUUCUGGUAAUGGAUUCUGCUAUUUAGACCAGCCAGUUUCUUCGUCUCUCAAUCAUCAUCCAAAAACAUUCUUCUCACAAGAAUCAGAUUCAAGAUAGAAGUUUUUCAAACAAUGUCUAGUCCUCUUGGUCACUUUCAGAUUCUUGUUUUUCUUCAUGCUUUGCUUAUCUUCUCAGCUGAGUCCCGCAAAACCCAAUUGCUGAACGAUAAUGAUGUUGAAUCUAGCGACAAGAGUGCAAAAGGCACACGAUGGGCUGUUUUAGUUGCUGGAUCAAAUGAAUAUUAUAACUACAGGCAUCAGGCUGACAUAUGCCACGCGUAUCAGAUACUCCGAAAAGGCGGUUUAAAAGAUGAAAACAUCAUUGUGUUUAUGUAUGAUGAUAUCGCGUUUUCCUCGGAGAAUCCUAGGCCUGGAGUUAUCAUUAAUAAACCAGAUGGAGAAGAUGUUUAUAAAGGAGUUCCUAAGGACUACACUAAAGAAGCUGUUAAUGUUCAAAACUUCUACAAUGUGUUACUUGGAAAUGAAAGUGGCGUCACAGGAGGAAAUGGCAAAGUUGUGAAAAGUGGUCCUAAUGAUAAUAUCUUCAUCUAUUAUGCUGACCAUGGAGCUCCUGGCUUAAUAGCGAUGCCCACUGGUGAUGAAGUUAUGGCAAAAGAUUUCAAUGAAGUCUUGGAGAAGAUGCAUAAGAGAAAAAAAUACAACAAGAUGGUGAUCUAUGUUGAAGCAUGUGAAUCAGGAAGUAUGUUUGAAGGGAUUUUAAAGAAAAAUCUCAACAUAUACGCAGUGACUGCUGCUAAUUCUAAAGAGAGCAGCUGGGGAGUUUACUGUCCUGAGUCAUAUCCUCCUCCUCCUUCUGAGAUUGGAACUUGUCUCGGCGAUACAUUUAGCAUCUCUUGGCUUGAGGACAGUGACCUUCAUGACAUGAGCAAAGAGACUUUGGAGCAACAAUACCACGUUGUAAAGAGAAGAGUAGGAUCUGAUGUACCAGAGACUUCUCAUGUAUGCCGUUUCGGAACAGAGAAGAUGCUUAAAGAUUAUCUUUCCUCUUACAUUGGAAGAAAUCCUGAAAACGAUAACUUCACUUUCACGGAAUCCUUUUCCUCACCAAUCUCUAAUUCUGGCUUGGUCAAUCCGCGCGAUAUUCCUCUGCUAUACCUCCAGAGAAAGAUUCAAAAAGCUCCAAUGGGAUCACUUGAAAGCAAAGAAGCUCAGAAGAAAUUGCUUGACGAAAAGAAUCAUAGGAAACAAAUCGAUCAGAGCAUUACAGACAUUCUGCGGCUUUCAGUUAAACAAACCAAUGUCUUAAAUCUCUUAACUUCCACAAGAACAACAGGACAGCCUCUUGUAGACGAUUGGGAUUGCUUCAAGACUCUAGUUAAUAGCUUCAAGAAUCACUGCGGUGCAACGGUGCAUUACGGAUUGAAGUAUACAGGAGCGCUUGCCAAUAUCUGCAAUAUGGGAGUGGAUGUGAAGCAAACUGUUUCAGCCAUUGAACAAGCUUGUUCGAUGUAAUGAUUUGCAAAACAAUGUGAUAUUCGACUUUAAAAAUAUCAAAGUUAAUUUCAAUAAAACUCGAUGUAGAGAUGGUUGGUUCAUGAUACUACUUUUACAUGAAAAGCUUUUUAAUCGAUGAUAACGCGAAAGUCUUGGUCUAAAUUUGUGAAUUGGAUUCAUGGAACAAUAACCUCGUACCAACUGUACGGUACGGACGGCUGUACUUUGGUUGAGUU